AUGGGUGCUGAAUCAUUUCGGAAUCCCAAAAUCUUGGACUGGGCCAUGAAUGAGUGGAUAAAUGGUCGUGGUGGGCCUCUGUCUUCAGGAGUCAAUGGCACAGCCUUUUUAUCUUCUCCAAUCAUCGCGCCUCAUGUCGGACAGCCCUCCAACUUCAUAUCAAAUAUUGGCCUGGAUCGCGACGAUGCACAUUCUCCAUUCUUGCGAAAGCUUCUUGCGAGUGACAACGAAGCCGAUCUGCAAUUCUGCUUUGCCCCUAUUGGCUGGAAUCCCAAUGAAGGUGGCGAGGCGCUUUCGCGACUGUUCACACACUCCAGCCCUGGUAAUUAUUUAGCAUUUACUGCCGUCCUGGCGCAUCCCUUUUCUAGAGGUGCCGUUCAUAUUGUGUCGCCUGAUCCUCAGAGCGCGCCAGCCAUUGACCCCAAGUAUCUUAAUCAUCCCGUGGACUUUGAAUUGAUGGUCCAGGGAGUUCUCUUCAUGCAGAAAAUUUACGAAACGAAGCCUCUUGCGGACUACUGCCAGGAUCUAGACGAUGGAAGCGGCAAGAAGAUUCAGGAUACCUAUAACAUCCCGGGGCGCAUUGAUCGAAAGGCCGCCGAAAAGCUUGUCAGAGAGGGAACGAUUCCCUCGUGGCAUCCUGUCGGCACAUGUGCCAUGCUACCGAGACAGAACGGCGGAGUGGUUGAUCCGCGACUCAAAGUGUAUGGAGUUGAUAAUUUAAGGGUGGUUGAUGCUAGUAUCAUGCCUACUCUUAUUCGGGGUAACAUUACAAGUGCGGUGUACGCUAUAGCGGAAAAGGCUGCGGAUUUGAUCAAAGCGGAUUACAAGCUCUAG